UGUGUGUGAUCAGUACGAGUGAAUGGCUCAGUCAAUUUCAGUCUCUCUGAAUGGCCCUGUCAAUUUCCCCCUAAGCCGGAGGAGAGCGCAGGCGCCUGGACCUGCCCCAAACAUCUCAAGGUGUACUCAUCGCGUUGAAGAUGGCGACAAUUUGAGACGGAGGAUGCAAUCUCCUGCAAAAUGCCAUGGAUUAUAUUUUGACCAGCCGGUGAUGGGGGGGCACUUACACCCCUCGUUAGCAACUCUGCACACAGUCAGGCUGCUAAAGUGACAUUGGGAACUAGGGAAAUUGGAAAGCCGCCCUUUCUCCCCCCACUCUUUCCCUCCCCUCCAAAAUAUGAUCAGGGGUGCUUGGAUGUGUAAUGCCGUCCUGAAAAUCUGUUUUGCACCCACAGCAAACGAGAAACCCUGCGUCGAUUCACAGAGGGCAGAGAAAUGGCAAAUGUCUUUAGCGUCUCUGUUCCUUUUCGCUGUCCUCUUGUCUGAUUAUUUUUGCUCUUGCGCUGGAACGAAAUUGAGGAGCGGGGAAACAGCGGGCAGGAUCUGGAGUGACCCCGCUACGAGUCAGAACUUGGCAAACGAUCAGAGUCAACGGCAGGCUCAAUGUGAUCUGUCGCUGACCAAUUUGACUGAUCCCGGUGAGGAGUUGGACCGAGCCUGUCGAUUAAUUCCCAAAGGUCUGGAUUCCGCCUGCCUGUGGUCUUACUUCAGUCAUCUUAGACUGUCCUUCUGCCAUUCUUACACCAUUGCCGAUCUUUUGCGGGAUUAUGUUAACCCGAAUGGGUUAAACUGCAGUUUGGAUAUGCGGAUCAGUGAUGAUGGAGGGGCUAUGUCUGUCUGCAGUGAAUGCAUCAAGGCUUAUCAGAUGGAAGACCAACAUGCUCAGGAAAAAUACGAGGAGUUCGAAGCAAUGCUACACAAGUACUUGGAAUCGGGGUAUUCAGUCAAAUCUUGCCCGAGCGUCUGUAUGGCAGUCUACAAAGCAUGGCUGUGCUCGGAAUAUUUCAAAGCCACACAGCUGCUGUGUCCUCGCAGGAUUCCUUGUAAGCAAUACUGCCUGGAAGUCCAGGCCCGAUGUCCGUUUAUUCUACCAGACAACGAUGACCUAAUCUAUGGCGGAUUGCCAAGCUUCAUCUGCACAGGGCUACUAGAAAACCAUUUAACCAAUGCAGAGCCAGAAUGCUGUGAUGUCAGAUGGAACACCUGUGAUCUAUCCUGGGACAAAGGUUAUAAUGUAUCUACCAAAUCCAUGGACUCCAUGUUGCAUCAUAAGUCUUCACUGCCUGUCUCAGCAGCAUCUCGACUGUGCAACAGCAGAUUUAAGCUGUGUGUUUUGGUAUUAAUUCUUCUACACACUGUGGUGACAUUUACUGGUUUUCAGAACAAUAGCAGAGUUGGCAUGGAGACAGUGAGCGCACUGGACGACAGCUCCCCAAGCGAAGAGUAGAAAAAGAUGUCUUCUUACUUUCUUUUUUUUUCAACAGUUCGUACAGGGCCAUGGUAUCGAGCAGCAAAGAAGCUCAAAGGGUUUUCAGAAGACCAUCCAAACAAAGAGCUGGGCUGCUGGCAGCCAUGCAUAACGGUGUGCAGUAAGGCUAAGAAAACAAUAAUCUGGCCAUGGCAGGUCCAGAAAUGCUUAUCUGCUCUGAUAAGGAUAGAUGGUUUAAAAUGUUACUCGACAGAGUCGGGCUACUGAUACAAAAUGGGUAAAAAUAAUUUGGUAAAAAGCAUAGCUGUCUCUGGGACAGAUACUAGAAGUAGAGAGUUACUGUAAAUUCCAUCUGUUCUACAUGUAGCUAGAAAGGUUUCAGAUGUACAAACGCACUGAACAAUUUCAUCACAGGAUGUUUUCUUUUGCCUUCUCAGUUUGUAAUCAAGCUAAUCUCUAUCACAGUAGUCUUCAUUGAAUUCUUUGUGGUGUCUAUUCCUAUGAACAUGACUUAGUUGUCCCAGGGACAGAUAGCAAUAAUCCUGUGCUUGAACAAAGUAUCUUUUGCCUGUAUCAGAGAGUCGGAUAGGUGUCUAAAUCCCUGAAUAGUUUACUUGCCCAAGCAACCCUGGUAACGUUUCUCCUCACAUCAAACCAGUACUGGUCUCUCAUCUUAAUGUUAAACAAUUAGUUAAGAUUUGUUACCCAUUAUUGUGAGGAACACCAGCAAAGUGACUGUGAACAUCUCAGUCGCAGGAUAGGUAGGCACUUACUCUAAACAGAAUGAUUGGGCGUUCGAUAGAGCAAAAAGUUAAUGCACCCUCCUGCUUACCAAUGUAUAUGCAAUGUGCUUCCUCAAUUCUCAGCAGGCUAUUUGACAUGGAUAUCAUGGCUACCCAACUUAAAUAUAUGAACCAUCUGCUUGAUGGUCGAGGAAUUAAACAAGUGAUGGUAGCCUUGAAGGCAGAUUGUAGUCAUAUCACUAUUGAUAUGAGUGUUCCGAGAGAGAAAUGGGGUUGGUAGAGGGAGGAGGUGGACAAUUUUUUUUUAAAAAUCAGAUGUCUAGGCCCCUUUUACAGUGGCCAAGUGGUAGAUAUGUGUGUCCUAUCUACUGCUUGUUAGAACCUAAGGCUAAUACAUGGAAAUUUUGCAUUAGUGCAGGUUAGAUGCCUAACCAUUAUAUGUGGAGAUCUAAGAUACCUAUGAGUAUGUCUUACAGCAUGCAUCACCAGAUGCAUUGCAUAGCAAAAAGCAACUCAGCAGCAGUCUACUGAAACAUUCAAAAACAAAUAAACACUUUUAUAAACAAAAAUAAUCAUAGACAAUAAGGGCAAAAACUUAAGAAGAUUUUAUAAUAACACUUUCAGUUAACUGUCCUUUAUAGUCAUUUAUUCAAUUCUUCAUCUGAGAAUCCAUUCUGCUCUCACCCCUUACCUUUAUGAAACUCUGAAAUGUGAGUGCAUACGUCGGAGGAGUUCAAAUGGAUCUUUCAAUUAUUAACAGUGUCGAUGAAGGCCCAUAGCUCUUUGUGCAGGACACCACCAAAGUUUAAAAAAAAGAGUAGAAGCAAAAUUAGAAGUGUCACCAGUGGAUGAGUGGAUUUUGUGCUCUUGAGCUAGCACUUCAGACCGAAAUAAUGCUGUCAGUUGACACCUGUUGAUUGGCGAACAUUAUAACAACCUCAGCCCAGUUUUUAGAAUGUGUGGGCCUACAGCAAAAAAAUUGCACAUCAAUUGUCAAUCUCAUUCAUCGAGCUCUCAAGGAUGUUUGGUGCAGAAAAUGAAUCGCAACCUUGAAAAUUUGACUUAGUUGUGAGUUACUUGGUGUGGGGGUAGCAGUCACAUGCUGGAUGCCAAAAUAGGAAAUUGCCUCCUCCCUCACCUUAGAAAGUAGAGAAUUUCUUCCAGAAAUGUAGUUUAUUUUCCCAUCUGAGUUGGCUAUCAUUCAAAUUUGAAUGAAUUCAAAUUAGUGACCAGAACUGACCAAGUCAGUUAGCAUUGAGAAUAAUUUCCAAGUGAACUCUAGAAUUAAAAGUCUCGCAAUGCUAGAAUAAUGUCAUUGCAUUAUUUGGGGAGGUGCAGAUUCAAUUUUCUCUUUCCUACAAUCAAAACAAAGAAAGGAUCGGUCAAAGCAAGUCAUUUAUGUAAUUGUGUUUCAAAUGUAAACCAUUACUUUUUUUUGCCAUUAACACUGUAAAUGGAGCAGAGACUGGGACCAUAUUCUUAGUAAUGAUCUCCUUGGGUAUGGGCUUGGUGUUUUGUAGCUAUGGGAGUUGUUAUUGUUUCCGUAGCAUGGAAUUAACCCACGUGCCUUGUAUUGAGAGAGACCUUUCAUGCCACUGGAUUGGUGCCUAACCCCAACUGGAUGAGGUCAAGAGAAAUACAUGCCCUUAUGUUGGACACCACUUGUAGUUUCAAUUUUACUGGAUCGGCACAAACAUGGAGAAAUUGGGCUUCAGUUACAGAGUGAAUAAUUUAACAUGAGAGGAAUGCCUAAUUUCACGGAUGAACAUCGCUUCUAUCUUUCAUAUCUGGUCCCUUCUUGUAUGUUUAUUUCCAACCCUCUUGAUAUUUAUUUCACCCUUUUCUGAACUUUCACCACUUUGCUAUCUUGAUCGGUGCUCUGCCUUUUUACUUUCCUGCCCAGUUUUGAAUCACUAAUGAAUGAGCCCACACAACCUCCCCCCAUGUGUACCUGUCGCAUAUUGUUGACUCCUUAUGAGCUGUGCCUUUGACUGUCAUUCUCCCGUCUCAUCAACCUUUGGGAGUUAACAUCCUCAAUUUUCU